AUUACUCUUGUUUACCUUUUUAAUUUUUUUUAUAGGAGCAAAAAUGGUUGAAAUUGUUUUUUUUUUUUUUUAAAGGGCUAUUCAUCCAAUGGUUUAUGGUGAUUAUCCCAAAAUAAUGAGAGAGAUUGUAGGGCACCGACUCCCCAAUUUCACAAAAGAACAGUCUGAAAUGAUUAAAGGGUCAUUUAAUUUCCUUGGAGUGAACUACUAUACUACAGAGUACGCCGAAGACUCUGGAUACGAUACUGGUGCCAACUUGAGCUACACCACAGAUAGUCACGUCAACACUUCUACGGAGAAAAAUGGAAUUCCAAUUUGCGAAUCGACGAGUGUUAGUUGGCUACACAUUUGUCCAUGGGGACUUCGAGAUAUUUUGCUAUAUAUAAAAGGAAGAUACAAAAGUCCAACUAUCAUUAUAACGGAGAACGGAAUGGGUUAUCUUGUCAACUCCUCGUCAACAAUGAGUGAUUUUAUCAACGAUAACUUGAGAAUAAAAUAUCACAGUGUCCAUCUAUCAUAUUUAUCCAAAACAAUCAAGGAAGGAGUUGAUGUGAGGGGUUACUUCAUUUGGUCAUUUCUUGAUAACUUUGAAUGGGGUGAGGGUUAUACUAUCCGAUAUGGCAUCACCUAUGUUGACUACGUUAAUGGGUUGCAAAGAUAUUUCAAGAAUUCUGCUUUGUGGUUCCAUAAUUUCCUUAAAAAAGAAAACAUAGCUAGUGCUACUAACUCGUCUCUAUUGUGUUAUGAGUGAUUAUGUUGAAUGAUCAUCACCAACACUCUAGAAGCAAGGAGAUAUUUUGCAGAAGUUAGAAAAACCAAGAAAAAAAAGAUUAAUCUAAAAUAAUGAGUACAAUUUAAGAAUAAUGUCGAUGUAUAGAAUUGUGCAAGUUGAUGUAUUUUCUUUGAAUGUUAUUUUGUGACUUGUUCUGUGUAGGAGUACCAUUUGUAGAAUUGUGUGUGAUGGAGUAUUUUAGUAAAAAAUAUUUAUCAUG